CUAUCCUGCCUUCAUCAUCUUUACAAUCAUGUCAACUAUUUUGAAGCCUUCUCUUAUUUUCUUCCAUUUAUCAAGAGAUAAUGAUGAUUGAUCUAGACUUGUAGCCACCGAGCGCUUCAAAAAGUUUUUCUCCCAGAGAGUUCCUGUGCUUCCAGUGGCUGCUGUAGGGGCAAGCAACUGUCCCUUGCUGGUUGCUGUAUGUGCUAAUUUCUGGCAAAAUGGCUCGCAUCGCUGUGUACUCUGAGCCAGUUCGUCGUUGGUAUACAGCACAGGUGUGUUCGUUGGCAAGUUUGCUUCAAGUGGUGCUAUGGAUGAUGAAUGUGAUCCUUCCUCUUAUCAUCGCUUUCAAUAUUCCAGGUUUCUGGCAGAAGUACAGUGAGUAUCGCGAGCAAGCACAUGUGCAGUACCAGCAUCACCUGAUCGUCUCUAUGUCGUCGGCAGCAGAGCAGGUAGCCACCUGGAGCACGAUGGGGAAUUACAAUCGGCUAGCGACGGCCAAGCUGCGAAUACCUCUUGUCACGUCCUAUGCAGUAGACAACAAUUUUGAUGGCAAACCGGACGCGUUCAAUAUCACUGUAGAGAUGCCUCUGAGUAGUGGAGAGAGAAUCCAGCAAGUUCAACUCAUGCUCUUCUUCUCCUAUCAUUUGAGUUCUUUUGCUCGUCUGCAAGCGCAAGGAAUGGCUUAUGUUGACCACGUGUCACCGUUUCCGGGCGCUCGGCUUGACAUUGGCGGAGACCUUCUGCUGUUACAGCGCAAUCCCUUGCCAUGGACAGGCAUUGUUACCACAUCUAAUUCUUCAAUCGUGAAUACUGAUAGUCUACUUGCUCAUGACUACAGUACUCUCAACAUCCUGCACACGUAUGCACAGAGAAAUGGUCCAGUCGCAUUUGUAUCACUGCCAGCAGAACGUCGUGGGCCGUGCAACUUGAGGGUGUCAAAUACGUAUUUUGGGCCGGAUUUCACCGAGUGCAACUGCAUUACCAGUACCAGUGUGUGCGUGUGUGUAUGUGUAUGUGCAUGUGUGUAUGCAUAUCUUGGUAUGGACGUGAUGUACACGCUUGUGAACGUUCCGUACACGCUUGUGAACGUUCCCGACAUAGAGACAACGCACCUCCGCAAUACGCACCACAUCUGGACACCCAAUCCCAGUGACCAGCUAGCGUUCACUGUGCAAGCGUACAUCCGUUUUCCUGAACAGACCUUCACAUAUCGUGCCGGAUUUUGGGAGCUGAUCAAGUUUGCCUGGAUCCAGUACCUGUGUGUGUUCCUGGUCUUCGCUUGGUUGCUCGACGGUGUCAAGCGCUUUAUCUUCUCCAAUGGUAUCAUACUAACAGCACGCAAGGAUGCCUGAGUACAAUAAUGGCAUACCAUGGCGAGCUACGGCGCUGGUUCGAGGCACGGUAUUGUCUCAGUGGCGUGCCUCAAGGUGCAACGUGUGCUGAUGAACUACUGCUACCUUGGCUUGCUCUUGGGACUUGUCACACCGAGAGGCUGGCCAAACAUAUGCAGAUGGUGCAGAUGGAAGAGGAGGCUCGCAUUGUCGCAUUCUGUGUUGGUCAACCGCAUCUGCCAACUGUAAUCUGCCAGUGUGAACAUGCUUGGCACCGCGCCCCAACUUGAUAGUCUCUCUCAUGCGGAGCUGGAAGUCAGUCAUGCUCAAGUCAUUUCCACAGAUUCUGGGAUGGAUUAUGUCACCUGGAUCAAAUCCCUGGGGCACCCGAGCCAUUCCACCCUUCUAAAAGGGCUUGGCCGCCUGGUGCAUUCUAGCGCUGCUUACCCGAGCCAUCCCAUAUGGUGUUUAGCAUGCCCUAUUCUGGUCCUGGUCAAGUAAACCAGCCACCGGCCCACGUGCCGGGUAGCUGGAGAGAGCUGCACGAGAGCACCCUCCCCAGAAAAAUACCGACAAAAACAGCGAUCGUUUUCGUUUUCUCUAGACUGAAUAUUAUACAAAUUCACACUACAAAAUUUUCAAGAAAUUUGAAAAUUAUAAUUAUUGGAUAUAAUUUUAAUCUGAAAAUGUUUCUCCUCACUACAGCUGCGAAUUACACUCAUUCAAGGAAGAAAAGCAUUAACUAAUUACUUUAAUAACAGGAGCUAGAAGAAUUGCCUAGGGCGGCACGCGAAACACGAAGCAAUGCAAUAAAGGAAUAAAUUAGAAUAAAGGUUGGACAGAAACAGAAACAUCUAAUGUAUGUGAUUCGAUGCAUUAUCAUAUCAUAAUAUGAUCAGGGCCCAUCCGGCAUUUUCGAUAAUUUUCCCGGAACGAAUUUUUUAAAUUAUA